AAUCUUAUUAAUAUUAAUAGUAAUAGUAUGCCCACAUCACACAUCAUAUUGUAUCUUCUUUCUUCCUCUUUUCUGUGCCAUUCUCCUUCCUUGAUCACUAUUCUCUGAAAAUUAUGUCCUCCUUUACUCUAGAACCACUCCUUCAUCAACCUCUUAGACAACCCAUCCCCAAAUUUCACCCAAUUAAAUCAACUAAAAUUUCACCAUUUUCACUUAAUUUCUCAUCUAGGGCUGUCAAAAUUGGUGGGACUUUUUUUAGCCAUAGACCCAUUAAACAUCUCUCUGUUACUUCUUCUUCCGCAACUUCUACUCUCACCCAUGACCCACAAUCUAAUGAAGUCGCUUAUAGUGAGAAUUAUGAGUUGUCAUGGAUCAAAAAGGUGGAGGGAAAGAUAUUUAUAAGACUAGAUAAAGAGAAAGAUCCAGGUGAUUGGCAGUUAACAGUAGGUUGCACCCUUCCAGGGAAAUGGGUUCUGCAUUGGGGUGUGCAUUAUGUGGGUGAUACUGGAAGUGAGUGGGAUCAACCUCCAGAAGAAAUGAGGCCUUCAGGUUCCCUUGUCAUAAAGGACUAUGCUAUAGAGACACCAUUGACACAAUCGUCUUCCUCUGAGGGCAAGGAGAGUGUUCAUGAAGUGAGCAUCAAUGUGAAGUGCAAUAGUGAAAUUGCGGCAAUUAACUUUGUGUUAAAGGAUGAAGAAGGUGGAUCAUGGUAUCAGCAUAAAGGUCGGGAUUUUGUUGUGCCUCUUGUUGACAAUCUCCAUGACGAGGACAAUGUCAUCGGAAAGAAGGGCCUUAAUAUAUGGCCAGGAACGUUUGGACAGCUUUCUCACAUGCUUUUUAAAGGUGAAGGAUCUCAACGUAGAGCUGAAGGCAGCAGUGAAGAAUCUCCGGAACCCACUUUGGCAAAUAAGUCGCUCGGAGGGUUUUACGAAGAGCAGCCUAUUGUAAAAGAAGUUCCCGUUUGCAAUUCCCUUUUGGUCUCUGUGUGUAAAUGCCCCGAAACAGAUAAGAAUCUUGUCUCUCUAGAAACAGAUUUGCUCGGGGAUGUUGUAGUUCACUGGGGAAUAUGUAAAAAUGACAUUAAGAAAUGGGAAGUACCAGCGGAACCACAUCCACCAAAUACUGAAGUAUUUAAGAAUAAGGCACUGCGAACAAGAUUACAGACUAAAGCGGACGGAAUCGGAGCUAAAGGCUCGUUUACUUUAGAUAAAGGAAUUACUGGUUUUGCUUUUGUAUUGAAGUUGAACAACGAUACGUGGUUCAACAAUAGAGGAGAUGACUUUUUUAUUCCUUUUCCCGGAACUCAAGGUGGUGAUGUUCCAUCCGAAGAAAUUGAAAAGAAGGUUGCUUUGGAAUCAAGUUCAGAUUCUGUAACACGAGAAGAAAAUGUACUAAAAGAAAAUCAAGAUGUUUUGCCAGCUACUUUUACGGAUGGAAUCAUUAAAGAGAUACGCAAUUUAGUUACCGACAUCUCCUCGGAUAAAAAGUGGAAGACCGAGAGUAAAGAAGCACAAGAAACUAUCCUCCAAGAGAUCGAAAAGCUAGCUGCGGAAGCAUAUAGUAUAUUCAGAAGCUCUAAGGCAACUUUACCCGAGGAAGCUGUUUUGGAAAUCGAAGAAUUAAAACUUCCUGCUGAAAUUAGUUCGGGAACAGGAUCUGGAUUUGAAAUUCUAUGUCAGGGAUUUAAUUGGGAGUCGCAUAAAUCGGGAAGAUGGUACAUGGAGCUCCAUGAAAAAGCUGAUGAGUUGUCAUCACUUGGUUUUACUGUAAUUUGGUUGCCACCGCCUACCGAAUCUGUCUCACCCGAGGGUUACAUGCCAAAAGAUCUAUACAAUUUAAACUCCAGAUAUGGUACGGUUGACGAACUGAAGACUGUUGUGAAGAGAUUUCAUCAAGUUGGUAUCAAAGUUCUUGGAGAUGUUGUGUUAAAUCAUCGUUGUGCACACUUCAAGAACCAAAAUGGUGUUUGGAAUAUAUUUGGAGGCCGUCUUAAUUGGGAUGAUCGGGCAGUAGUUGCUGAUGAUCCUCAUUUCCAGGGUAGGGGCAAUAAGAGUAGUGGAGAUAACUUUCAUGCCGCACCAAACAUUGAUCAUUCACAGGAUUUUGUUAGAAAGGAUCUUAAAGAAUGGUUACGCUGGCUGAGGAAAGAUAUUGGCUAUGAUGGCUGGAGGCUCGAUUUUGUGCGUGGAUUUUGGGGUGGUUAUGUCAAGGACUACAUUGAUGCUACCGAACCAUACUUUGCCGUGGGGGAGUACUGGGAUUCUCUAAGUUAUACGUACGGAGAAAUGGAUUACAAUCAAGAUGCUCAUAGACAGAGAAUUAUAGACUGGAUCAAUGCUGCCGGUGGAAGUGCUGGUGCAUUUGAUGUCACCACUAAAGGGAUUCUUCAUUCAGUACUGGAGAGAUGUGAAUAUUGGCGUUUAUCUGAUGCAAAGGGAAAACCACCAGGGGUUGUUGGUUGGUGGCCUUCUCGUGCUGUUACCUUCAUCGAAAAUCACGACACAGGUUCUACCCAGGGUCAUUGGAGAUUUCCCGGUGGUAAGGAAAUGCAAGGUUAUGCUUACAUCUUGACUCAUCCCGGAACACCAGCAGUGUUUUAUGACCAUAUCUUUUCAAACUACAGACAUGAAGUUUCUACGCUCAUUUCUGUGAGAAAUAGAAACAAGAUCCAUUGCAGGAGCGAUGUGAAGAUAACUAAAGCAGAGAGAGAUGUUUAUGCAGCAAUUAUUGACGAUAAAGUAGCAAUGAAAAUCGGACCUGGUUACUAUGAGCCACCCAGUGGGCCUCAAAAAUGGUCGUUGGCCGUUGACGGAAAAGAAUACAGAGUUUGGGAAGCACUGUAAAAACCCGAUAACUCGAUUUCUUGAAUGGUGUAUAUGAUCGUAAUAUAUAAUCGUAUUGGACACCCAGAAAGGAGGAUUUUGCAAUCGCAAAAACUUUCCUGGAGUGUUGUUUGUGUAUUCAAGCGGCCUUUCGCAGUUGAAGAGAUUUAUAUGUCGCGGUAGACGUUUGAUUGCUGGACAAUGGACAUUCAUAUUGUCUGUAGAUAUAUUCUUCAAUAACAGGGAACAAUAAUCUGAAAUUGUAUAUCAUUGGAAUUUCAUUCAUUAGAUCAUGAUUCUCAUGUUUAUAUGUACUUGAUUUUGAAUUAAAACUCGUAAUUUUUAUUAUGUAUAUCAAAUUCGUUGUACGA